UAGCUUUUGUUGUAUGUGGUAACAUUUUUUUGCAAAAAUGCCAAUUUUGUAAAUUUUAAUUUUCCUUCCCGCCGGCUCUUGACGGUUUGCUUUUGGCACGUGCAAUUUUAAUUCAGUUUUAUUAAAAUAUAGCUUUGCAAAUCUAAAUAGAGUUUAUUACUGAUGCUGACUGUUGGGAUAUAUCAUUUAGAUAUUUAGGUGUUGUAUACAAUGUCGCCUUCUCCAAUCCGCUGCCGCGGACCUUGGAAAAUACAUAAACGUUGUUCGGAACCGGAUAGGUGGCUCGACGAAAUGGGUUUCUUUAGAAAACAUACGGCCAGAGACUCCAGCUGUCUCUUCAGGGCAGUGUCAGAGAAUGUUUACAAUACUCAGAGGUACUUCCACAAAGUGCGCCUGGACACCGUUCAGUACAUGGCUUCUAAGAGACAGCUUUUCGAAGGGUCAUUAACUUGUUCAUUUGAGAACUAUAUCAAAGAGAUGUCUAAUCCCUCUGAGUUGGGUGGUCUGGUAGAAAUUUCCGCGAUGAGUCACUUGUAUAGACGUGACUUUAUAAUAUUUGAAGCUAACAAGGGUCCACAAACCAAAAUAAGCAAUGGUUAUGGGGACACAAUUUACUUGUUUUACUGUCCCGAGACAAAGCACUUUGAUGUGGUUUACACAAAAGACUUUAUAAAUGCCUCAUCAUUUUGCCAAUCCCUGGUAUAUGAAAUUCUGUAUGAUGGAGUGUAUCAGUUGAAAGACUUGCCAUACGCAGUAGACAAAAUGCUGCAUGAUAAAGUACCAACAAAUCAUAUAGAGUAUUUUAUGUCGGAGAAUGUAGAACGACGCAAGAAACAGAAGGAGAGGGCAAAAAUAUUUAUAGAAACUACUACUGAGGGUGACAAGGAUAGAAACAAUAAUGCUGUAGCACUGAAAUGCAAGCAUCAUAUGGAAGAUUUGGAACGGGCAAGUCUUUUGAAGGAGUCUCUAAGCAUCUUUGUGUUCAACCGCAGUCUAAUACAACUGGAGAAUGUAUGCAUGAACUGCCUGAACGUUAACAGUGCUAAAGACUUGAUUGACAAUGGUAUCACUCCGUUCCCAUACAAAGUAGCAAAAGCAUUAGACCCAGACAUAUAUCGGAACAUAGAAUUUGAUGUGUGGAGUGAGAUAAGACGAGAAUUACGUUAUGGAGCUAGAUAUUCUGAUGGUACAACUUUGCAAGUUGGGGUGAAGUGUUUAUGCAAGCUUCAACCCGAGCAAACUGUUCCGUACCACUGUCAUAUUCAGGAAAUGCGGCCUGACGGUGGGCCAUGCUUGGUUUUCAUUGAGGAGUUGGGCGAGAAGAGAAUGGUGAACUAUGAGCAAUUGGAACCGCUGCCCCUUGAUGAAAUAAGGCCCUGGGCUCCUCCUUAUCGCUACUCCCGCGCCAACUCUCAACUCUUGACUUUGAGCCAAAUGUUGCAGCAACUAGGCAACGUCACUAGAAAACAAGGGUUAAAAACUCGCAAUAAGACCAAGACAGCCACAGAAGAGACUAAAUCUGAGAAGACUAGCCCGAAACAGACUCCUAAAUUAAUUUGGAAGGACGAGAAAUGCCCGGAAGAGACUCUGGGAGCCCAAUAUGUGACGCCUAGCAUUGAAUUUUCUACAUAUCAAAAUUUGGACUAUCUUAACUUUGAGCCUAUGCCUGUUGAAGUUCAAGCACUGCCCCUGAUGGUGGACUGCCGGCCGGCGGGCGCUGCGCCCCACGAUCUCGCACACUCGGGCUCCAACGGCGCGCCGCAAGAAAACCAUCAUAACCAGACGACGACCGGCGGCGAGCUGCCGACGCACGCGAUGCCGGCGCCCGCGGCUGCGCGCGCCUCCACACCAGCCACCACCAAUACGCUCACCACUUACGCUGGCAUGAGCGCCCCCGGCAACGGGCUGGCGCCGGGGCUGGUGUACUCGCCGUGCGCACAGUACGUGUGCGGCGUCAAGUCCGUGCUGUGGUGCGCAUCGCCCGGGGCGCCGCGGUCUCCGCCGCCGCAUCUGCCUCUGCCGCCCGCCGUGCCCCACGCAGGCGUGGGUCACGCGGGCAUGGCGGGCGUGGGCCCCCCGCUGCCGCACGCGCCGCACGCGCCCCCGCCCCCGCCCCCGCACGGCGUCAACCCGCACGUGCACAAGAGUAUGCACGCCAACGGCGCCGACCUGCCUAUGAAUGAUAUCCCGACGCUGCGCUACUACUUCAACCUGGGAGUGGAGUGCAUGUGGGCCACGUACGGGCCUCCGCCGCCCGCGCCCCCGCGCCACUACUCGCCCAGGGACCUCGCACAGGACAUGCAGCAGAUCUCGCUGCACGAGCGGCCGGGCGCGACCCACAACGAGCACAAGCACAAGCCCAGCAACGACAAGCAGAGCCUCGCCAACCAGAGCAAGGGCAGCGCACAGCGCCCUCUGCUGGGGCCCAGGUUCAAGCGCGGCGGCAACAACCAGGAAGGCCAGAACAACAACCACAACCAGAACAAGGGACACAACAACAACAUGAACAACAAGGGGCCCAACAAUCGCCGCAAUUCCCACCCGGAGCCGCGCUCGAACUGGGGCGAGGAAGUGGUGGUGGAGCCCGGGGUGCUGACCAUGCCCUACAUCCCCUACCCGCCGCCGCUCUACCCCAUCCCCUACUACCCCGUCGAUUCCGACCCCGCAAUGAUGGGCAUGAUGGGCGGCAUGGGCUACGUGGGGGGAUACGAGGAGGGCGUGGAGUACGGCGCCCCGCUGCAGUACUACCCGCCGCCGCCGCACUUCCCGCCCCAGCACGAACACAAGUAACUCGAUGUGUCCCGAAUGGUUAGUGGAUGUAAGCCUUUAUGUUAUAUUAGUCUCUUCCAAAUUAUGUGUAAUCUACCGCGCAUGUCCAGUACUCUGUGCGGACGCGAUAGCGGCGAAUUUUCAAUGGUUUUGGACAGCUUGAUGUAUUAUUGACUGUAACAAAAAAAAAAGUAGUUUUUGUUGUAUUUGUCAUUCUUUUGUCGAAAAAAAUUUUGAUGAUAAUAAUUCUAGUCCAAUUUAGUAAAUUAUAUCAUUUAAUUUUCUGGCUGAUAGUUUGAAAUCAUAAUUAUUCUACUAUACAACUUGAGUGAUAUAAACCAGAUUUUAUUUUAAUAAUAGAUUCUGAUUUAUCCUGUGAUUGUUAUAAUAAAAGGGCUUACAGUUCAACAUACUAUUCAGUACACAUCACUGUGUUGUCAUAACACACCACGACACCCACUGAAUAUUCAAUUAAUUUUUAUUCAUUCAAAAAUUUACAAAUUUCUUAGUUAAGCAUUCCCACUUGCAUACUUUGUCAUUAAUUUUAAACAGUAGUUAAGUUUGUAAGGACCAUUAGUUUUAGGUGUUGUUCUUAUAUUAAGUGAAACAUUCCAAUGUUCAGUGGUUAAGUCGUGCGUGUUUUUUUUUUAUUGGCUGAGAAUUUGGUAAUUCUGUUUUUCGGAUUUUCAACAAAAAUAUGCAAAGCGUCAUGUGAGGUGAGAAAUGGCAAUAAAUACAUUCGUAGUUUGAGGUUAUUGUCCAAUACAUAUGUUGAGAUGUUUUUUAUUUUGCCACUAAAAAUUACGUAACAUUUCCGGCUCUAAAUAACAUUUUAUUUUUGUCAAAAUUUAUUGAAACUUAAAAGUGGAUUUGGUAAUCAAAAACUUAUUUUAUUAAUACGCAAUUUCUAUAAAAUCACCAAACAACUCGACUUUUUUUUAUUUUGUACUGUAAUAAAUCGAUUUGCGAAUCUAAUGUAGAUAUAAAUAGAUACAUAUUUUUGAUCGGUUCGACAACGCUGUCCCACUCAUUCGGUUCAAUGUUUCAAGAGUGUGUGACUGAAAUGGCAAAAUGUACGUGAAAGAGAUAAAAAUACGAUCGACAUAUUUGAUAUAGUGGCUAUAAAAUAUAUAAGUUGGAAAAUAAGCCCAAACUGAUGGAUUUCUGGAUUCUAAAUUCUCUGUCAAUAAAUGGUGCCUAAUUGUUCCUAACGGGCACCGAACCUGCGACCAAUGGAAUGACAACGACCUGCUCAUCGAAUACGGUAUACGAUAAUGAUUUUACGCCGACACGAAAUUUUUUUGACAACUUUUGGUCCCGUCGGUGUGGCUGACUACAUAUUGCUACUGUUUGACAUAAUUAGUAAUUAAAUGUAGUAUAAUAUAAUAAAAAUAGCCUUAAUAAUAACCAAAAUCACUAAAAUCUCCGGAUAAACUUACUGAAAAUAACCUUUUCGUCUUCAAUGUCAAUUCUUUAUAGCAUUUUUGACAGUUUUGUAUAUUUUUCGGAAAAUGGUAGUCAGUGUAUAGUCAGCUGUUGCGCUGCGUGUGAUUCCAAUAUACAUGUCAAUUAUUCUGGCAAUAACUUGAUAUUUUGGUAGUUUAUUUUCUAGAACCUGCUAGGAAAGCUUUAAAGACCUGCACGCAGCGCAAGUCGUUUUGAUUGUUAUUUUUUUUAACAAAUAUCGGAAUAUGUAGGACAUAUACUUUAAAUAAUAUAGAGUAGAUAAUACCACUAUUUUAUGUUUGAUUGUAUUUUUGCGGAAAGUCCUAUAACGCACGAGUCUCUUACAAAAUGAUAUUGUAAUAACGUCUCGGAAUUAAGAAUCUCAAAAAUUAAUAGGCACUAGAUUUAAAGCUAAAACUGUAAUUAAAUCUUUGUUGCUGCCGAAAUCGUAUCAUAAGUUCAAAAAUGAAUUAUGAGCUAUAUUAAAACUUGUACAAUGAAUCAUGUUAAGAUGGAUGGUUACGCAUAUCAGGUUAAUAAAAAGGUAUUAUCAACUCUAUACAAUUCUUAGUUUGAAUUUGUUGUUAUGCCUUAGAUAUUCCGAUGUUUGUGUUCACGGUUUAGAUAUGCGUGUAGACGAUGGCCGUAUGCCUCGUCGGAAUUGUAAAUUUGUCUGUAAUGUUAAGUACAUUACAGACAAACUGGAACGAGGACUAUUGUGGACUAGGCGGGAGUUGGAUCGGGUCGACCGAAGACAUUGCACUUAUGAGUUUCAUCUUUUUAAACGCCGUAUGUCCACGGCGAUCCGUCAUCCGACAAAAAAAAUCGGACCGAAGAAGGAAUAUAUUUACUUAUUUCAACGUCGUCCGUUUAGUGUGUGUGUGUUGUGUACAAACUUUUAUAGUAAAUCUAUUAGUUUAUCCUUUUGUAGGCCGAUAUUUUUAUCGGAUGACGGUGUGGGUGUCGCGGACACACAGCAUAGUUGGUAAUCUGAUGUAUAUACAAAAUUAAAGUGUAAUUAUAAUUAUAAUUUACUUCUUUCAAAGUCAAAAAUGUAGAUUGCAGCAGGUUUAUUCUUUCAAAAAUAAAACGUAAAAAUUUAACGAUUUUGCGCUUAAAAAAAAAAAACAAUUUUAAAAGCGAAUACGAAUGUGUAUAAACAUCGAUCUAUGAUUAUUAAAUACCAAAAUAAAAGAAACUAAUACAAUUGCCCUUUUUGUGAAAAUACGUGUGUUAGAUUUACCAACUGUUAUAAAAAGAAAUGAUACUCUUGUGCGCAGACACCUCCCGAUAUCGAGGACUGAGACUGUGCCCCAAACGUUUACAGCGAGUUAUUUUCCAAAAUUAUUUUAAUUCCUAAGUGUUCAUUGGUGCUGCGAAAUUGUCGAGGGUGACAGGGUUUUCAAGUAUUUUUGUAUUGAUCGGCUUUAUACAUACUUACAUUGGGUAGUUGUAGGCGAUUUGUAUCAUUCCUUAGAUGUUAAGCCAAUAACUUAGGUAACUUGCAAAUUUAAGUUUCUGAUCAAUAAGUUUUAAGCUGUGGGGUUGCAAGACUUGACUAUGCACUAUAUGUACGCAAAAUAAAUAGGACAUGACUUUCAUGAUUACCGCCAUCUAGUAGCAAUUAUUCUAAUAAUAUUAUUUUUAUCUCUCUCUAGCUUAUUCACGUCACGUUUUGACGCUGGUCGUCAUGUAAUUUUAACUUUAACUUGUAAUAAAGAGGAAGACGAUGGGGUCAAAAAUGAUUAGCAAAAUCUGGUAGAUUAAACGCAAUGAAUAAUGAAUUGGUCGCGGUUAUCAGGACCCGCAGGAACCUGUGAAACACCAAGUGUUGCAACGUCACAGCCCUUUUCGGCUAAGUUUAGUUAGCGUAAGUCAGGUCCUUCUUUCUAUUAAGGCUCGCAUUAUAGGUUUACUUUAGUCAGAUCUCAAGUUUUAUACAUGUUAGAAUCUCCAAUAACUCGAGAAUUCAUCGCUUAUUGAGCAAAAUUGAGGGUCCUACAUUGAUCUCAUCAUUCAUUCGAUAUGGUGCUUGGGUAGUCUAAGAGAUUAUUAACUGGAACGUAUUUUUGUGAGUGGAUAGAAUGGCACAAAAGAGUAUCUGAAGCGAAUUUCACAUGGUAAACCUAGUCUACGCAUUUAUUAUGAUAAGUCCACCCACGCGCAAAGAGCCGACACAGAAGGGAAUGUAUAGUAUGUAUAUUAAAAGUAGGUUAUAUUUUAAGAGUAUUAAUGUCAAUUUUUCGGUUGUCUACUUGUGGCCGUCGGCAGGGGCAUUCGCCACAUAUUUACCUUAGUUUGAGAGUUGAGAGAGAAUGCCGCUAGCGCGACGACUGCGCCCAACGGAACGUAUUUUUGGAAUGUUUAAAAUUGGUUGGCUGUGAUUCGAAUAUACUGUGCUUGUAAAAGUGGGUAAAAUUUCUCGUAUUGGCACUCGUAACUAUUUAGGCCAGAACUACACUGUAAAUCUCUUUGUACCAAUAUUUUGUGGAGUAUAUACCCCUAUAACCCAAUCGCAUCGAUUGGACUGACUCUUGAAAUAUCCGCCCAUAAUUUUUGAUUCCUGCUCUAUAUUGACAUACAUAAGUAUAUAUUUAACGUAACUAAUACGUAACCUAAAUCUUGAUUGUUUGUACAGAGUUGUUUAAAAAACACUUGAUAAAAAAAUGAAAAAAAAAAAAAUAAGUGUACUCUUCUAUAGGUAUACGUGUGAUGUUUGAAUGUAAAGUCAUUUUUGAUGUUUCAGUAUUAGUUUUAAAUCACUAGGAGUAGACUUUAUGUUAGUCGUUAAUUAAUGUUUACGUAAACAUAGAUAUAGCGUUAAUUUUUGUAAGAAUAACAUCAGUUACUUUAUCUCUUAACCACAGAGAUGACAUUUUGUUUCCUAUAUAGUCUGUACCGUUUUGUGCCAAUUUAACAUAACAAAAAGAUUGGCAAUCACCAUUAGAGCAAUGUAAUAAAAAGUAGCUGCAAAAGAACAAAAUUAUUGUCAUAUCAGUUUUACAAUAAUAAUUACAAUGAUUGUGUUGUGAAUAUACUAUAUGGAUAGAUGUAUGUCUUUGCGGUUGUACGUGUGACGCUCAAAGCAGCUAUGUCCGCCUUUGAGAUGUUAUUUGUAUUAUUUUCCAAAUUACAUCAAAUAAAAGUCUACUGAUUUUUCA